AUGGCGUGCUUUAAAAUAUCUUCUCCUUCGGAUUGUAAAGAUUCAUGUGAUCAACUGGAUGGUUGCGAUAUAUGGGAUUGUUUGGAUCCGUGCUCAGCGGACUGCUGUAUGCGACCAAUGGGCUAUCGAUGUUGUAAACCUUCAACAUCGACGAAUAAAACAGCCGAUAAAAAGUCAUCAUCACAGACAGACAAAUCAGCAAAUACCGGUUCAGAAAAGAGCAAGAAAUGUCCCACACCAGCACCAGUGGCUAAAAAGAAGCCAGAAAAGUUUUGUAUUCGUGUGAAUGUUGCUGGAUUCGAUGAAAAGGAUGUGAAAGUAAAAGCCGAAAAUGGCAAAGUAACCGUCGAAGCGAAUCAAGGUGAUCGACAACAAUAUUGUGGUUGUAGUGUUCAGAAAGUAAAAAACUGCUAUAGUUUACCGAAACAAGCUGAUGCGGCACGUAUGACUUCGAAAAUGGUGUCAGACGGCAUUCUUCUGAUCGAAGUACCUUAUGGUGAUUCACAAAAAGCAAAUAGCUCCGAAAAAGCAGAAAAAUGCAAAGACAAAGGUUCAACACAGUCACCACCUGAUUCGUUAGAAGACUAUAUUAAACGUUUAGCGAAUGCAGACUUCUGUCCACGUAUCAUCGAUCUCGAUAAUGCAAAGGCAUUAGAAAUGACAAUUGAUGUAAAAAAAUGUCCUUUGGAAGAAAUUGACGCUUCAAUAAAAGACAAUGAACUAGUUGUCCAAGGUGAACAUAUACGUAAAGAAAACGGUCGGUCGAAACGCGCACGUUUCUAUCGAUUGACAACGUUACCAGACGGUGCAAAAACUGAUCAAAUGACAAAAAAACUAGACGAAGAGGGACAAUUAGUCGUUCAAAUUCCCCUUUGA